GCAACUUCCAAGCACUCACUCACCAUGGAAAUCUGGCAAGUACCCCGUAUUAUGAAUAGUCUUAUGAACGAAUAUGUUCGUGACAUGGAUCGAAGCAUAUCCCCUUAUUGGAGAGAUGCUGAUCACUCUGUUCUCCAUGUUGCCAAUGAUGCUAAGGAGAUAGUCGAUGAUGACAAAAAAUUCGCUGUUGCGUUGGAUGUCUCGCAGUUCCGUCCCGAAGAGCUGAAUGUACAUUUGGAUGGUAGGGAGCUGACCGUUGAAGGAAAACAAGAGCAUAAGGGUGACAAUAGCUUCAUCCACAGAUCUUUUGUUCGCAAGUGGACUCUUCCCGAAAAUGUUGACUUGGAAUCAGUUCAUACCCAACUGAGCGACAAAGGCCAUCUUUGUGUCGAGGCACCGAAGCAAAACGCUGAAAAACCCAACAGAAGAAACAUUCCGAUUAUGGCGGCUCCAUCGUCGAAGAAGUAAAGAAAAUGCGUGCCAGAGAUGACCUAAGAUCUUC